UUCUUCUUCUAUCUUCAGUUACUUUAUAGUGAUUUUUCUAAAAUUUUCUUCUUUUUUUGCUUAUUAUUAGCUCAAUUAUAUACAUAUUUUGCGGUUUCUGUGUAUCAGUUGAUCAUAUAUAAUUAAAUCAUUAGUAUGAAGGAGAGUGGUAGAAAGCAAGGUGCACUAUCGCCAUGCGCGGCAUGCAAACUUCUGCGGCGGAGAUGUGCCCACGACUGUGUUUUUGCUCCUUAUUUUCCUGCCGAUGAGCCUCAAAAGUUUGCCAGUGUUCACAAGGUUUUCGGUGCCAGCAAUGUUAACAAGAUGCUACAGGAACUUCCAGAGCACCAACGUAGCGAUGCAGUAAGUUCAAUGGUGUAUGAAGCCAACGCAAGAGUAAGAGACCCAGUGUACGGCUGCGUUGGAGCCAUUUCAUCCUUGCAGCAACAGAUCGACUCUCUGCAAACUCAACUGGCGCUCGCCCAAGCUGAAGUUGUCCACAUGAGAAUGCGGCAAUUUGCUUCAGAAUCCCCAGACACUGCUGCUGCCGCCGCUUCUCCUGCAGCCAAGUCCUUCUUCUCCAUGGACAUGCAUGUUGAUCCAGCAAGCAUUGGAGGGUCUUUGUGGUCAUGCUAAUUAAUUAAAAGCAAUACUAUAUGUACAUAUUUUUAAGUACAUAAAUGAAUAUAUAGAUAAUAUAUUAUCAUAUAAUUGAGUGAUAUUUUAUCCUUAAUUCAAAAUUACUCAAUUAUAUGAUGAUACAUUAUCUAUAUACUUAUUUGUAUAUUUAAAAAUAUGUAUACAUAAUUUUAUCGAUGAGUUAUAAUUAAUUAACUUAGGAUCCCAUUACCUCUUUUUGGCAAUUAAUUAUUAACUAUAAUGGUGGCUUGCAUGUUUUGCUGUCUCCUUUUGUUUCUUCAAUUUCUUUUUCACAUCUUUAAUUAUAUAUGUAUUUAUAUGGCUAGCUUCUUCACCUUUCAGAGAUGAUGAUCAUGAUGAUGAUCCUUGACCAUAUUGUAAAUAAUUAUUUAAAUUUAAUAUAUAGUUUUAUGUAUGAGUUAUCAA